AAAGAACGGAAAGAAAGGAAAGAACGGACAUGGCGACGGCCAUACUGAGGGAGGCGACGGCCGGAUAUGCGUGUCCGCCUCCCUCCGCUGAGGGCCGCCACCGGUACAGCUGACUCAGCCCGGCCCAACCUCCCGAACAGGAGGCGCGGCGGCGGUAACAGUAAGAGUAGUGGAAAUAGGCUAGGUUGCGCUUCCCCGCCCGGCCAUGUAGAGGGGGCUCGCCUCGCUUCGCCCAGCUUAGGAGACAACCGGCCGCCUUAGUUUGAGGCGAAGGAAAGGGGGGGGGGGAGAGCUUCGCUUGACAGAGGGAGGGAGAAGAGGCGGCGGCGAUCCUGCUGUUAUCUUGUGAGGUGAGAGGGUCGCCGGGUUGGGUGGAGCCGCGGGGCGCCAUGGAGGACAUUAACUCCAACGUGAACGCCGACGCCGAAGUGCGGAAGCUGCAGGAACUGGUAAAGAAGCUGGAGAAGCAGAACGAACAGCUUCGCAUUCGUAGUGCUGGUGGGGCUCCAGGCGGCAGCCCGAAACGGCUCCUUAGUAGUAAUAACAGCAGUGGAGGGUCGGGCGCUUGCACGCCGCCGCUUCCCCUGACGACGACGCCUCCUGCCGCAGCCCAGGGAGCUGCCACCAAUGCCCCGCUGUCACCUUCCUCGUCGUUCCCCGCCGUCAGGAACAGCCCGUUGUUGGUUGGGCUUGAGAACCGUUGCCUUAGUCCCAAGGCAGGGCCCAGGCGGCCUCCCCCGAGUGAAGAGAGCGGAGGAGGAAGCAGCUUGGCGGCGGCAGAGGUUUCAGCAGUAGGGGGAGCCGGGGAAAAUGCCAGCCUCCUGGAUGAAGUGGAGCCACUGAGGCCCGAUGAACUGGAGCGACUGGCCGGCUGCGAAGAAGACGAGACUGGCUGGUUGUAUACCUCACCAAAGAAGAAAGCAACUGCUUUACAGAAAUCUAUUAGUCCACUAGUUUGGUGCAGGCAAAUACUGGAUUAUCCAACUCCAGAUAUUGAAUGUGCUAAAAAAUCAUUGAUCCACAGGCUUGAACAGACAAUGUCAGCCCUCAAGAGACACAGCCUCUAUAGUAGUCCAUUCAGCACUGUCAAUUAUGCAAACUCCUAUAGUCCAAAUGCUGGCAGUCCUUACAGUAGUAGUUUCAACUCUCCUUCCUCCACUCCAGUGAAACCUCCUUCAGUAAAACAACUCAUACUUCCUGGCAACUCAGGUCAUUACAAAAAUUCAGCAGAUAGAAAUCCUCCACUGAGCCCACAAUCCUCUAUAGACAGUGAAUUAAGUGCUUCAGAAAUGGAUGAAGAUUCAAUUGGAUCAAAUUACAAACUAAAUGACUUAACAGAUGUGCAAAUUUUAGCACGGAUGCAAGAGGAAAGUCUCCGGCAAGAAUAUGCAGCUACUGCUUCUCGACGUAGCUCUGGUUCUUCAUGCAGUUCUAUGAGGCGGGGUACAUUUAGUGACCAGGAACUUGAUGCACAGAGCUUAGAAGAUGAUGAAGACAGCUGCCAUCAUGCAGUGCACCCAGCUGUUAACCGGUUCUCUCCAUCACCACGCAAUUCACCACGGCCUUCACCAAAGCAGUCCCCAAAGAAUUCUCCUAGAUCUCGAUCACCUGCUAGAGGAAUGGAGUAUAGUAGAGUGUCACCCCAGCCUAUGAUUAGUCGCUUACAGCAGCCUCGUCUUUCACUUCAAGGUCAUCCCACAGAUUCACAGACUAACAAUGUCAAAAAUGAAGAGAAACUAAGGCGUAGUCUUCCAAACCUAUCCAGGACAUCUAACAUCCAAAUUGAGUCUGUGAAAAACAGUAGAAGUGACUCAAACUUUCAAGUGCCAAAUGGAGGAAUACCUCGUAUUCAACCUCAACCCUCAGCCACUCUGCAAAGGCAGAAAAAAUUGUCCCGUGUUGCCUUCAAAACCAAACAGCUACUUCAUACUCCAGCUACCAAAGGAGUUCCUUCUCCCAGUAAAUUCCGGUCCCCAGCAGCACCAUCUCCUCUGGCUCUGAGACAGCCGGUAAAAGCAUUUAGUAACCAUGGACCUAGUUCUGCUGUUCCAGAAGCCGUCCAGCUUCCACACGGCAGCUCUUCACCAGGGCCUUUAGCAGCUGCCAAUUCAGUAUCUCCAAGUCCAGCCAGCAGUAUCAACAGUGCUACGCUUACAAGACCUGCAGGAACAACAGGGAUGAGGAGUGGUUUGCCAAGACCUAGUGCUCCCUCCACUGGGGGCAUACCAGUGCCUCGCAGCAAACUUGCACAGCCUGUUCGCAGAACAUUGCCAGUUCCCAAAACCUACAGCAACAUGAAAGAUGAGAGCUGGAAGGACGGCUGCUACUGAACUACAAAGCUACAUAGUUCAGUAGGUACUCCUUCACCAGGCUAAAUGACAGAUCAAUAUGCAGACUGAUCAGAUAAGACUUUGGGGGGUUUGUAAAUCCUCAGACCUCUGUCCUUAGUUAGCACAAACUGGCAGAGAUUAUAAAACAGCACUUUAAUGACAUUAACAUCAGACACUUGGUGAUCACUCAAAUCACUUUUACAUGAAUCACUUCUCACCUGUGGAGCUUUUCCCCUGCUACCUAAAAAUUGUUGUAAAUGCUUACAUGGAUAGAAUGGUGAAUAUCUGGGCAAACACCUCACAAAAUGCCAAAGAAAUACCCAUCCUGAAAAGCAGCAUGUAAAAUAAUAAACAAAAAAAAUCUAAAACAUUGUAUGACUUGAUUUGAUUUAAAGAAAAGAUAUGUUUGGCAUAUGGAAACAUUAACAUAUUAAUCAAAGCAAAAAAUGGAUUGCAAGGUGCUACUGUGUAGUAAAAUGGUUUUAGACAAUUGUGGAAGAUUUGGAUGGAGAAAUUGCUGAGUCACAGUUGAACAAUUUUCUCUGGAGUCUCAUCUGGGAGUGGUAGGGAAGCCAUGUCAUUGUUUUGUCUUUUUAAAUAGUCUGGAUAUAGCAGCCCUCCUAUAUUUGGGUUGGAUAGGUUGCAUUCUUUUAUGUUGACUUGACAUGAACUGGUUUUGUGUUACUUUAUUUUGAUUGCCAAAAGGGCUUAGUAUCAAUUGUACAGUCUUUCUAAACUUAGCAGUUCCUGGCUCAGGAAGAUGGCCUUUGCUGUCAGCCACAUUUUGAACACGCAGCUCACACUAUUUUGUGAAAUCCUUUUUUUAGAGCAAAUUUCCUUGAAGAAGGAGAAAUUAUCCAUUAAAAAAAUACCACAGUGCUUACAGCCUGGAACUCAACUGAACAUGCCUAUAGGUAACAUGAAGAAAUGAGAACUAUGCACUUAUACCCUAGAGAUUCUAAGGAAAUGAGCUGUACUGUUGAUACCAAAUUAUAUAUUCAUCUAGGUAAUGUUUUAUGGUAUGAGGGAAUCUUCUUUCACUUUUUUAAAAAAUGGAUUAGCUUACUAAAUUAAUUUGUGUUUAAUUGCAAGCACUUCUUCUGAAGUUAUUGCCCAUGUUAGUAUUUUAACCAUGUACUUUGCCUUACACCUGUAUUUUACAUUCUUGGUAAGAGUUAAAAAAAACAAACCCCAGCCAUAUAUGUUUACAAGAUACUUAGUUCCUCUAAUGGCUGUCGGACUAACCAGUACUUGGCACUGUUUUUACUUUUCCUUGUUGGCCGAGUAUCUGCUCAGUAAACAAAAAAGAAAAUUCCUACUAUUGACACCCAGAACCCAUCUCCCGCCACCAUCAUUAUCCCAGCAACAUAAACACAUACCUGUUUUCAGUUUGUUUGUGUUUUUUUGCUACAUUGAAAGACUGAAUAUGUGUCGUGAAAACAGCAGGCUGGGAGUAGGUCAGUUGUAAAGAGAAAAUGUCUUUAUUAGAGGAUGAGGGGGCAGUCUCUAAGUAUGACAUCUGAUAUGAAUCUGUAGCACUCAUUAAGUACUUGAUGAAACAAACUAAUCAGGAUACUUUUUAUGUAAUGACUGAAGAAUCCAACAGGCACUGUGUGGUAGGCUGCCUUUUAAACUCAUUUGUGCCUGCUUCUUAAAUGUGUGCAUUUUGAACCUUGCAGCAAAGGGUAAUUGAUUUUAGAGUUUCAGUCCUCGGAUUUUUAGUCUUCAUAGAUUAGUGGAUUAAAAGCCAUGCAACUUUUACUUGAAUUGGAAAAGUGAACAAGACAGGGAAGGACCAGAUCUUUUAUCCAGCAGUUUCAUCAUCUAUGGGCAGCCUUGAUUAAACAAGAGGCCCUUCAUUUGACCAUGUUUAAGUCAUGGGAUUCCUACUGCUUGGAAUGUUUAGCAUACUGAUUUCUAAAGACACAAUAUGAAAAUGGUUUAAAUAUAAGUAAACUGUCAAAAAAGACUUGGGCAUGCUGUGGACGUGUACAAAAAACUUUCCCAUGCUACCUUUUUUUUAUACAGUGAAAUGAUACACACUUCUGUGAAUCAUAAGCACAGUCUGGGAAGUGGCAUUAAUUUUAAUAGUAAACAUUUCCCCUGAUCUUUACAUCCAGCUAAGGUCUGUCUGGACCAAAAUCCACUGAUUUGGUGUGUCUUCUGAAAUCAAAGUAACCAAUAACCUGUAGGAAACCUGAGGCAGAAUUAACAGAGCUAUGUUGUAGUGUGUUGUACACAUGGUAUAUUGAGCAAAAUAUAUGAGGUAUUUGAGGUAAAUCCUUCUAGCCUCAUUUUCAAAACUUGUCUCUAACAAAGUAGAUGUUGCUGUCUUCAGAAGUGAACAAAUUCUAAUUUGUCCUUUUUAUUAGGAAAAUGUUUAUUUUGUUUUAUUCAAAAAUUCAGAUGUUGCCUUUUUAACCAAGCUGUAUCACCAUAUUUUAUAAACCACUGUUUUUAUAAAGCUCAGCUGUUUAAUCGUUUUGAAAGUAUAUUAAGUUCUGGAAACAUUCUGCUGCUACAUCAUAAUAAACAUCCAGUGAAUACAAAUUUUUGGAAGAAGAAAACUGCCAGUUUACUAGGGGAGAUUUUGUGCAUCACCAUUUUAUUUUGAUUACCAGACAUCCUAGGGCUUUAUGUGUUUAGAGGUUCGGGUAUAUUGAAGAAGUGUGGAAACAUGAAAUUGAUAAACUAGUGCCUAUGAUUUCUUAAUUUAUGUUUUAUAACAGUAGUAAGGGUUUUAUGAAUGUGGAUUAUUUUUUAGUGCCAACAGCUCAGAAUUGUUGUAUGUAUGUAGGCAGAAAAGAAAGGAAUUCUGCUUCCAAAGUUAUUUAAUUUUUUUCUCAGUGUUUGAAUGUUUUUGUAAGUGUUAAUAAAAAAGUACAAAAAAUGGAAAAAUAUAAAUAUUCUUACCACAACAUUCUUUGACUCUUUUUAAAAAAUAAAAUCUGUAUAUACAAUUCAA